GCUCGGCUGGCCAGGCUCAGGCCAUAGCAGCUCUAUUGGUCGGGUCUAGCGCCCCAGCUACCGCCAUUGAGGAGUGGCGGAGAGGAAGCGUCUCACAGAACCGGGCUGGGGCGGCAGCGACAGUGAUAGCCACAGCUACACAGCGACAGAUUCUGUGACCAUGAGAAAGAGAAAUAAAGACUGAUCCAUGAUUUCUAAGCACCUGUUUCUGAGAAAAUAGUCAUGUUGGAAGGUCUCGUGGCCUGGGUUCUCAAUACCUAUUUAGGGAAAUAUGUCAAUAACCUGAACACUGACCAGCUUUCUGUUGCACUUCUCAAAGGUGCUGUUGAAUUAGAAAACCUCCCGUUAAAGAAGGGUGCCCUGAAAGAACUGGAAUUGCCGUUUGAAGUCAAAGCUGGCUUGAUUGGGAAAGUGACCCUCCAGAUCCCCUUUUACCGCCCGCAUGUGGACCCUUGGGUGAUCUCCAUUUCCGGCCUCCACUUAAUUGGCGCACCUGAGCAGAUCCAGGACUUCAACGAUGAGAAGGAGAAGCUAUUGGAGAGGGAGCGGAAGAAGGCGCUGCUGCAGGCCCUGGAGGAGAGAUGGAAGAGUGAGCGGCAGCAGAAGGGAGAACCCUACUGGUAUUCGGUCACCGCCUCAGUUGUCACGAGGAUUGUGGAGAACAUUGAGUUAAAAAUUCAAGAUGUCCAUCUGCGUUUUGAAGACGGUAUUACCAAUCCCUCCCAUCCUUUUGCAUUUGGCAUCUGCAUUAAGAAUGUGUCCAUGCAGAAUGCUGCAAAUGAGCCUGUACAGAAACUAAUGCGAAAAAAGCGAUUAGAUGUGGCUGAGUUUAGUGUCUACUGGGAUGUCGAUUGCACUUUAUUGGGGGACUUGCCUCAGGCUGAGUUGCAGGAGGCCAUGGCCAGAAGCAUGGAGAGCCGCAGUCACCACUACGUCCUGGAGCCUGUGUGCGCAUCCGCCCUCUUGAGAAGAAACUGCUCCAAGGAGCCUCUGAGGUCACGGCACAGCCCGAGGAUCGAGUGUGACAUUCAGCUGGAGACCAUUCCCUUGAAGCUGUCUCAGCUGCAGUACCGGCAGAUCAUGGGAUUCCUCAAGGAGCUGGAGCGGAAGGAGAGGCAGGUGAAAUUCCGGAAGUGGAAACCAAAAGUGCCUGUGUCCAAGAACUGCCGAGAGUGGUGGUAUUUCGCCUUGAACGCUAACUUGUAUGAGAUCAGAGAGCAGAGGAAGUGUUUGACGUGGAAGUUCUUGUUGCAUCGUGCCCGAGAUGCCGUGUUUUACACAGACAGAUAUUUCACCAAGUUAAAAGGAGGCAUGCUGUCUGCAGAGGACAAGGAGGAGGUGUGUCGGAUUGAGGAGGAACAGAGCUUUGAGGAAUUGAAGAUUCUGCGUGAACUGGUUCAUGAUCGAUUUUAUAAGCAAGAGGAGCUAGCAGAGAGUCUGCGAGAGCCUCAAUUUGACUCUCCUGGAGCCUCGCCUAGUGAGUCAGAUGCCAGCGGAGGCAGCGGGACGCUGCAGUACCUGCAGUCCUGGUUUCCAGGCUGGGGCGGCUGGUAUGGACAGCAGAGCCCUGAAGGGAAAGUGAUGGAAGGAUUGGCAGCCGAGUCCCAUGAACACUGGACCCCUGAGGAGAUCUUGGGCACCGAGGAGUUCUUUGACCCCACCGCAGAUGCCUCGUGUAUGAACACUUACACAAAGCGAGAUCACGUCUUUGCCAAGCUGAACGUGCAGCUACAGCGGGGCACGGUGACGCUCCUGCACAAGGAGCAGGGUGCUGCUCAUGCCAACGAGAGCGCGUUUAUGCAGCUCGAGUUCUCAGAUGUAAAACUUCUAGCAGAGUCCCUUCCGCGAAGAAACUCCUCCUUGCUUUUAGUCCGAUUGGGUGGACUGUUUCUCCGAGACCUGGCUACGGAAGGAACCAUGUUUCCUCUCUUGGUCUUCCCCAAUCCGCAGAAAGAAGUCGGCAGAGUCUCACAGUCUUUUGGUCUCCAGACUGCAUCAGCAGACAGGAGUGAUCAAUACCCUGCUGCAGACCCAGACAGUCCGGUCUUUGAGAUGCUUUAUGAGCGAAACCCAGCACACAGCCACUUUGAGAGGCGUUUGCAUGUCAGCACGAGGCCCUUGAAUAUCAUCUACAACCCACAGGCUAUUAAAAAAGUGGCAGACUUUUUCUACAAGGGAAAGGUUCAUACCUCAGGUUUUGGUUAUCAGUCUGAGCUUGAGGUGAGGGUUGCUGAAGCAGCUCGAAGGCAAUAUAACAAGCUGAAGAUGCAGACCAAGGCUGAGAUCCGACAGACUCUGGACCGCUUGCUUGUGGGAGAGUUCAUUGAGGAAAGUAAGCGGUGGACUGUUCGACUGGACAUUUCGGCCCCUCAGGUGAUAUUUCCUGAUGAUUUCACCUUCACGAAUCCUGUGCUGGUGGUUUUGGAUCUUGGACGAAUGCUUCUUACCAACUCUGCCCAAGAAGACGCUAGGAGGAAAAGUGGGGGUGGGUCAGCCUCUGAAGAGAGUCAGGUCAGUGACGAUGAGUAUAAGACCCCUCUGGCCACACCUCCCAGCACCCCACCUCCAGAGCCCAGCAGCAGCAACGGGGAGAAAACACCACCCUUUUCUGGAGUGGAGUUCAGCGAGGAGCAGCUUCAGGCUCAUCUAAUGAGCACUCAGAUGUACGAGAGGUACUCCUUGACGUUCAUGGACCUCCAGGUCAUGGUCGGGCGUGUCAGAGACAACUGGAAACGUGUGCAGGACAUCGACGUGGGGCCGACACACGUAGUUGAGAAGUUCAAUGUUCACCUACAGUUAGAACGUCGGCUGAUUUAUACGUCAGACCCCAAGUACCCUGGGGCUGUGCUCUCAGGCAACUUACCCGACUUAAAAAUCCACAUCAACGAAGACAAGAUAUCGGCUCUGAAGAACUGCUUUGCUCUUCUCACCACGCCGGAAGUGAAGCUUUCUGACACCCAGAUCAGAGAGAAGAUUUUCCCCCAGGAAGGACCUCGGGGAAGCUUGCAGGAUUCAGUAAUGAACUUGACCCAGAGCAUUGUGAUGCUGGAGCAGCACACGCGGGAGGUGCUGGUGGAGUCACAGCUCCUCCUAGCGGAAUUCAAAGUGAACUGCAUGCAGCUUGGUGUUGAGAGCAGUGGCCGCUACAUCUCAGUGCUGAAGGUGUUCGGCACCAAUGCUCACUUUGUGAAGAGGCCAUACGAUGCUGAAGUCUCCCUGACUGUUCAUGGGCUGCUCCUGGUGGACACUAUGCAGACUUAUGGUGCUGACUUUGACCUUUUGAUGGCUUCUCAUAAGAACCUGAGUUUUGAUAUUCCCACAGGAAGCCUCCGGGAUAGCAGGGCACAGUCUCCUGUCUCUGGACCUAAUGUGGCCUUCCUAACUGAUGUGGCCACCCUCAGUGACCAGCCGGCCACUGGUGUUUCCCUGGAAACAGUUCUCACCAAAGAGCAAGAGUCCCUCAUUAAACUGGAGUAUCAGUUUGUGAGUUCAGAGUGCCCGUCCAUGAACUUGGACAGCACACUGCAGGUCAUUUCCCUUCAGGUGAAUAACUUGGACAUCAUCCUAAACCCAGAGACGAUGGUGGAGCUCAUUGGCUUUCUUCAAAAAUCCUUCCCUAAGGAAAAGGAUGAUGUGAGCCCUCAGCCUCUGAUGACUGACCUUGAAAGAAGCAUUAGAGAACAGGGCACAGUUCAGUCGACUUAUGAGCAGAACACCGAGGUCGCUGUGGAGAUCCACAGGCUCAACCUCCUGCUGCUUCGGACAGUGGGGAUGGCUGAUGGGGAGAGACAUGGCAGGAAGAUCGCAACGGCCAGUAUCGGAGGCACCAAAGUGAACGUGUCGAUGGGCAGCUCGUUCGACAUGAAUGGCUCCCUGGGCUGUUUGCAGCUCAUGGAUCUGACCCAAGAGAAUGUGAAGAACCAGUAUGUUGUCAGCAUCGGCAGUUCCGUAGGCUACGAGAACAUAGUCAGCGACAUUGGCUAUUUUGAAAGCGUGUUUGUCAGAAUGGAAGACGCAGCCCUGAGCGAAGCUUUGAGUUUCACGUUUGUUGAGAAAUCCAAACAGGAGUGCUUUCUCAGCCUGAAGAUGGCAUCCCUGCAUUAUAACCACUCUGCUAAGUUCUUGAAGGAGUUGACGCUAUCCAUGGAUGAGCUGGAAGAAAACUUUCGCAGUAUGUUGAAAAGCGCAGCUACCAAAGUUACCACAGUCUUAGCCACCAAGACUGCUGAGUACAGUGAGAUGGUGUCACUCUUUGAAACCCCAAAGAAGGCCCGGGAACCCUUUGUCUUGGAGGAGAAUGAAAUCUAUGGGUUUGGCCUUCCUUCCCCUCGGUCAGACACGGUGAAGCUCAUCUUGAACAUAAACAUCGAGUCUCCGGUCGUUUCUAUCCCUCGGAGGCCGGGGAGUCCUGAGCUGCUGGUGGGACACUUGGGACAGAUAUUCAUCCAGAAUUUUGUGGCAGGAGACGAUGAAUCCAGAAGUGACCGCCUGCAGGUGGAAAUCAAAGACAUUAAACUCUACUCUUUGAAUUGCACUCAGCUGGCAGGAAGAGAUGCUGCCGGACCUGACGUCAGUCGGAUGUUUUGCCCAUCCUCUGGGUCUACCAGUGUCAACAGUCAGGAAGAGGCUCACUUCACACGACACGAUUUCUUUGAGUCUUUGCAUAGAGGCCAAGCCUUUCAUAUCUUAAACAACACCACCAUCCAAUUUAAGCUGGAGAAGAUCCCUAUCGAGAGAGAGUCUGAGCUGACUUUCUCCCUCAGUCCAGAUGACCUGGGGGCAUCCAGCAUCAUGAAGAUUGAAGGGAAGUUUGUCAACCCAGUUCAGGUGGUAUUAGCCAAGCACGUGUACGAGCAGGUUCUGCAGACGCUGGACAACCUUGUGUACAGUGAAGAUCUCAAUAAGCUUGCAGCCAGUGGCCCGUCCUCCCCCUGCCCGUCCUCCCCGCAGGCCCCCCUCCGUGCCUGCGGAGAACCUUCUGUGGAGAGGAAGGAGAACGGAUUGUUCAGUCACUCCAGCUUCUCUAGCACCUCUCAGAAGUCCCUGUCUGUGAAGGAAGCCAAAGCCUUCACUCAGAUCCAAGCCAACUUCUGUAUAUCGGAGCUGCAGGUUCAGCUGAGUGGUGACCUGACUCUGGGCGCCCAAGGGCUUGUGAGCUUAAAGUUUCAGGAUUUUGAAGUGGAGUUCAGUAAAGACCAUCCACAGACCUUAUCCAUCCAGAUUGCCCUGCGCUCGCUCCUCAUGGAAGAUCUACUGGAGAAGAGUCCAGACUCCAAGUAUAAGAGCCUGAUGGUGUCUCGGGGGGCUCCCAAGCCAUCUAGCUUAGCCCAGAAGGAGUACCUCUCCCAGUCCUGCCCUUCGGUGUCCAGUGUGGAGUAUCCCGACAUGCCCCGGUCUCUCCCUUCCCACAUGGAGGAGGCACCGAAUGUCUUCCAGUUGUAUCAAAGACCCAUUUCCACAGCUCGGAAAAAGCAAAAGGAGGCGCAGGACAAGAGCUGCCCCCAGACCCCACCUCCUUCCCCCUCAGUGGACGAACCCAAGGCGCUCGCUGGGAAGAGCGAAUUUGACGAUUCCUUGGUCCACAUCAAUAUAUUCUUGGUGGAUAGAAAGCACCCAGGGUUCUCUUCCAGCUACGGUCGGAUUAACCGCAGCAUCGACGUUGACUUUAACUGCUUGGAUGUGCUGAUCACCCUGCAAACCUGGGUGGUGAUCCUGGACUUUUUUGGGAUUGGCUCCACUGCAGACAACCACGCCAUGAAGGCGCCACCCGAGGGCCUUCCCCAGAACGUGAAGGUGGAGUCCAGCACGGCCAUGGAGUCUGAGCUCCAGGAGCCAAUGAACUCCAGGCUGGAUGUCAAGGUUCAUUCGCUUUCUCUUGUGCUGAGCAAGGCCACCAGCGAGCUUGCUAAAGCAAAUGUGUCCAAAUUAGUAGCACAUGUGGAGAUGAUCGAGGGAGACCUGGCCUUGCAGGGAAGCAUCGGGAGCUUGUCUCUUAGUGACCUCACGCCACAUGGAGACUUCUACAGAGAACGCUUCACCACAAGUGGAGAAGAGGCUCUCAUCUUCCAGACUUUCAAAUAUGGGCAGCCAGACCCUCUGCUCCAGAGAGAGCAUGACAUUCGUGUGAGCCUCCAGAUGGCCUCUGUUCAGUAUGUGCACACGCAGCGCUUUCAGGCCGAGGUGGUGGCCUUCAUUCAGCACUUCACUCAGCUGCAAGAUGUGUUAGGGCGCCAGCGAGCUGCUAUCGAGGGUCAGACGGUGAGGGACCAGGCGCAGCGCUGCUCGCGGGUUCUUCUGGAUAUCGAGGCCGGUGCCCCUGUGCUUCUCAUCCCAGAAAGUUCCAGAUCAAAUAACCUGAUAGUAGCAAAUCUGGGCAAGUUGAAAGUGAAGAACAAGUUUCUGUUUGCUGGUUUUCCUGGGACCUUCUCCGUACAGGAUAAGGAAUCUGUGCCUUCAGCUUCUCCAACAGGUACACCCAAACACGGUGUGAAGAAGAUGACAAGUGCAGAGGACCCCAAGGGCCCCCAGGGACAGGGGCUGUUCAUGAAUCCUCCUGCCGGAAUGGGAGUGGGGCUUGGUAGUCUGAAGAGUGAGUUUGUGCCCAGUGCCUCCAUCAAGCAGCGUGGGCAGCAGGCCAUGCCAGCUGUCAGCCAAAGUUCCAGCAGUCCAGAAGACCACGUCUGCCUGCUGGACUGCAUUGUCGUGGAUCUGCAGGACAUGAACAUCUUUGCUGCAGAGAGACACCCCAGAGAGAGCUCGAAAGCCUCAGAAAACAGCAGUGGGGACCUGAUCUUCCCUUCCUACUUUGUGCGACAAACAGGAGGAAGUCUCUUAACUGAGCCAUGUAGGCUGAAAUUGCAGGUGGAGAGGAAUUUGGACAAAGAAAUAAGCCAUACUGUUGCAGACGUAAGUGUCCAUGGCAGUCUGUCCUCCGUGCACUGCUCCCUGGAUCUGUGUAAAUACAAACUGAUCCGAGGCUUACUAGAGAACAACCUGGGGGAGCCCAUAGAAGACUUCAUGCGGCCAUACGACCUGCAGGACCCAAGGAUUCACACUGUGCUGAGUGGAGAAGUGUAUACUUGCAUGUGCUUCCUCAUCGACAUGGUGAACGUGAGUCUGGAGCUUAAGGACCCGAAAGGAAAGGAAGGCUCUGGCUCCCUAGCUAGAUUUGACUUUAAGAAAUGUAAGCUGCUCUAUGAGAGUUUUUCCAACCAGACCAAGUCUAUUAACUUGGUUUCCCACUCCAUGAUGGCAUUUGACACGCGCUAUGCUGGGCAGAAGCCCAGCCCUGGCAUGACCAAUGUCUUCAACUGUAUCUUUCAGCCCUCCAAGAGCAGCAGUGCCACCCAGGGCUCCAUCCAGAUUGAGCUGCACCUCAGAUCUACGAAGGAUUCCUCCUGUUUCACUGUCGUCCUCAACAAUCUCCGUGUGUUUCUAAUAUUUGACUGGCUGCUGUUGGUUCAUGACUUCCUGCAUACUCCCAGUGAUAUUAAGAAACAAAGUGCCACUCCGGCCCGCCACCGCAAUGCCAGCAGUGAAUCUGCUGUUGUUCCCAAAACUGUUAAGAGUGGAGUAGUCACCAAGCGGUCUUCCCUUCCCGUGUCCAAUGAGAGGCACCUGGAGGUCAAGGUCAAUGUAACAGGCACAGAGUUUGUGGUUGUUGAAGAUGUGUCCUGCUUUGAUACUAAUGCCAUUAUCCUGAAAGGCACCACAGUGCUCACCUAUAAGCCUCGCUUUGUUGAUCGUCCCUUUUCAGGAAGUUUGUUUGGCAUUGAGGUGUUCUCAUGCCGACUGGGGAAUGAGCAGGACACAGCUCUUUCCAUUGUGGAUCCAGUGCAAAUCCAAGUGGAGCUCGUGGGGAACUCUUCCUACCAGAGUAGCUCUGGGCUGAUGGAUGCUUUCAACAGUGAUGACUUCCCACCCAUUCUAGAGAUUCAGUUACACGCCCUGGAUAUCAGGCUCUCCUAUAACGAUGUUCAGCUGUUUCUUGCCAUCGCGAAAUCCAUCCCAGCGCAAGCCAGUGCUGCAGCACCAGACACGGCAGCCAUGGAGGCAGAGUCUGUCAGCAGUUGCCUCCCAGGGGCCUCUCGAAUUGGAGAGGAUGUCAGAGAAGGGUCAAGGCACACCUUAGAUCCUGUCUUGGAGCUACAGCUGGCGAGACUGCAGGAGCUGGGCUUCAGCAUGGACGACUGUCGCAAGGCUCUUCUGGUGUGCCAAGGCCAGCUGAAGAAGGCAGCAAGUUGGCUGUUUAAGAAUGCGGAGCCCCUGAAGUCCUUGUCCCUGGCCUCCAGCAGCAGAGACAACCCAGGGGCCAUCCCGGCUCCACACAUCUCUGGAGUGGAGGUCAAGGCUGAGAGCGUGUGCAUCUGCUUCAUCGAUGACUGCAUGGACUGUGAUGUGCCCCUGGCGGAGCUUACCUUCUCCCGUCUGAACUUUCUUCAGCACAUAAGAGCUAGCCCUGAAGGCUACGCACACUUCACCCUUUCUGGAGAUUAUUAUAAUCGCGCUCUUUCAGGCUGGGAGCCAUUUAUUGAGCCUUGGCCAUGCUCUGUAUCCUGGCAACAACAGGCAGCUAGUCGUCUCCAUCCUCCUCGACUGAAACUGGAGGCCAAGGCCAAACCCCGCCUGGAUAUCAACAUCACUUCUGUACUGAUUGAUCAGUAUGUAAGUACCAAGGAAUCUUGGUUGGCGGAUUACUGUAAAGAAGACAAGGAACCAGAGUCAGCCAAGUCAGAAGACUGGAUGGGCUCCUCUGUGGACCCGCCGUGCUUUGGACAAAGCCUCCCUCUUGUCUACCUUAGAACUAGGAGUACAGCCAGUCUGACUAACCUAGAGCACCAGAUCUAUGCUCGAGCAGAGGUGAAAACCCCUAAGCGUCGGCAGCCAUUUGUUCCCUUUGCUCUGCGUAACCACACGGGAUGCACGCUGUGGUUUGCCACCCUCACCACCACACCCACCAGGGCUGCACUGUCUCACAGUGGGAGUCCCGGGGUGGUUCCAGAAGGGAAUGGAGCAUUUCUGGAUGAUGCCCACAAUGUCAGCGAGUGGCGAGAAGUCCUCACAGGUGAAGAAAUCCCCUUUGAAUUUGAAGCCAGAGGAAAGUUAAGACACAGACAUACCCAUGACCUGCGCAUCCAUCAGCUGCAAGUUCGAGUGAAUGGCUGGGAGCAAGUGAGUCCAGUGUCUGUGGAUAAGGUUGGCACCUUCUUCCGAUACGCAGCACCAGACAAAAAUUCCUCUUCCUCUACGAUUGGCAGCCCAAGCAGCAGAACGAACAUCAUUCAUCCCCAGGUUUAUUUCUCUUCACUUCCACCUGUGCGGGUGGUGUUUGCAGUCACAAUGGAAGGCAGUGCUCGGAAAGUAAUCACUGUCCGGUCGGCCCUCAUUGUGAAGAACAGACUGGAGACACCCAUGGAGCUACGCUUGGACAGCCCUUCGGCUCCUGACAAGCCGGUGGUUCUUCCUGCCGUCAUGCCAGGGGACUCAUUUGCUGUGCCUCUACACCUCACCUCUUGGCGGCUGCAGGCCCGACCCAAAGGACUGGGUGUGUUUUUCUGUAAGGCUCCUAUUCAUUGGACCAACGUAGUGAAGACUGCAGAGGUCAGCAGCAGCAAACGGGAGUGCCAUUCUAUGGACACAGAGAAAAGCCGCUUCUUCAGGUUUUGUGUGGCCAUAAAGAAAGAGAAUUAUCCUGAUUACAUGCCGUCAAACAUAUUUUCUGACAGUGCAAAACAGAUUUUCAGACAGCCUGGACAUACUAUCUAUCUCCUGCCAACAGUGGUCAUCUGCAAUUUGCUGCCUUGCGAACUGGACUUCUAUGUGAAGGGAAUGCCAAUUAAUGGAACCCUGAAACCUGGCAAAGAGGCAGCCCUCCCGACAGCGGAUACGUCCCAGAACAUUGAACUGGGGGUGUCACUGGAAAACUUUCCACUCUGUAAAGAGUUGCUCAUUCCGCCUGGGACCCAGAACUACAUGGUCAGAAUGCGACUCUAUGACGUCAACCGGCGGCAGCUCAACCUCACCAUCCGCAUCGCAUGUCGUGCAGAAGGAUCCUUAAAGAUCUUCAUUUCUGCACCGUACUGGCUAAUCAACAAAACAGGGUUACCACUGAUCUUCAGACAGGACAAUGCAAAGACAGAUGCUGCAGGCCAGUUUGAGGAGCAUGAGUUGGCCCGGAGCCUGAGCCCUCUCCUGUUCUGCUAUGCUGACAAAGAGCAGCCAAACCUCUGCACCAUGCGAAUCGGAAGAGGCAUUCAUCCAGAAGGCAUGCCUGGCUGGUGUCAGGGCUUCUCCCUGGAUGGUGGUAGUGGUGUCCGAGCUUUGAAAGUCAUCCAGCAAGGAAACCGCCCAGGGCUCAUCUACAACAUCGGUAUUGAUGUCAAGAAAGGCCGAGGUCGCUAUAUUGACACUUGUAUGGUCAUCUUUGCCCCCCGUUACCUGUUAGAUAAUAAAUCAUCUCACAAGCUUGCAUUUGCACAAAGGGAAUUUGCCCGGGGACAGGGGACAGCCAAUCCCAAUGGCUACAUUUCCACCUUGCCUGGAUCUAGCGUGGUGUUCCACUGGCCGCGCAAUGACUAUGACCAGCUGUUGUGUGUCAGGCUGAUGGACGUUCCCAACUGCAUUUGGUCUGGAGGCUUUGAAGUCAACAAGAAUAAUUCCUUCCAUAUCAACAUGAGAGACACCCUGGGAAAAUGCUUCUUCCUACGAGUGGAAAUUACUCUCCGAGGAGCUACAUACAGGAUCUCCUUUAGUGACACAGACCAGCUUCCGCCCCCUUUCAGAGUUGACAACUUUUCCAAGGUUCCCGUUGUCUUCACUCAGCAUGGAGUAGCUGAACCCAGGCUGCGGACUGAAGUGAAGCCCAUGACGUCGCUGGAUUACGCCUGGGAUGAGCCCACCCUCCCACCGUUCAUCACACUGACCGUUAAGGGGGCAGGCUCAUCGGAGAUCAGCUGCAACAUGAACGACUUCCAGAAUAACCGGCAGCUGUACUACGAAAACUUCAUUUACAUUGCUGCCACAUACACAUUCUCCGGUUUGCAGGAGGGAAAAGGAAGGCCUGUGACUUCCCACAAAGCAGUCACUUGUGCAGAACUUGUCUUGGAUGUGUCCCCAAAGACGCAGAGAGUCAUCCUAAAAAAGAAGGAACCAGGAAAGCGCUCUCAGCUCUGGAGGAUGACGGGGGCAGGAAUGCUGGCCCAUGAGGGCUCUGCGGUUCCCCACAACCCCAACAAGCCCUCAGCCACACGCUCCAUCGAGGGGUCUGCCAUCCUGGAUAUUGCUGGCCUGGCCGCGGUGACAGACAACAGAUAUGAGCCUCUGAUGCUGAGAAAGCCAGACCGCAGGCGCAGCACAACACAGACCUGGAGCUUCCGCGAAGGAAAAUUGACCUGUGGCUUGCACGGGCUGGUUGUUCAGGCCAAAGGAGGGCUUUCUGGCUUGUUUGAUGGAGCUGAAGUUGUUCUCGGUCCCGACUCAUCAGUAGAGCUGUUGGGGCCAGUUCCACCCGAACAACAGUUUAUUAACCAAAAAAUGAGGCCUGGUUCUGGAAUGUUGUCCAUCAGAGUCAUCCCAGAUGGACCAACGCGAGCACUCCAGAUAAUGGACUUCUGCCAGAGGAAAAGUGAGUGUUCAUCAUACGAAGUGGAAGAACUUCCAGUUACAGAGCAGGAGCUGCAGAAACUGAGGAAUCCAGACACACAGCAGGAGCUGGAAGUGCUUGUCCGGUUAGAAGGUGGGAUUGGAGUCUCUCUAAUUAACAAAGUCCCGGAAGAAUUGGCCUUUGCAAGCCUCACAGGCAUCAACGUCCACUACACCCAGCUGGCAGCCAGCCACAUGCUGGAGCUCAGCAUACAGGAUGUGCAGGUGGACAAUCAGCUCAUUGGUACCACUCAGCCCUUCCUGCUCUAUGUGACGCCCCUGAGCAAUGAGAACGAGGUGAUUGAGACAGGCCCUGCUGUGCAAGUCAAUGCGGUGAAGUUCCCCAGUAAGAGCGCGCUCACCAACAUCUACAAGCAUCUGAUGGUCACGGCUCAGAAGUUCACAGUACAAAUUGAGGAGAAACUGCUGCUCAAGCUACUAAGUUUCUUUGGCUACGAUCAGGCAGAAUCAGAAGUGGAAAAAUAUGAUGAAAACCUCCAUGAAAAGACAGCCGAGCAGGGGGGUACACCAACUCGCUACUACUUUGAGAACCUCAAGAUCAGCAUCCCCCAGAUCAAGCUGAGUGUGUUCACCUCCAACAAGCUGCCACUGGACCUCAAGGCCCUGAAAAGCACUCUGGGAUUCCCAUUGAUUCGAUUUGAAGAUGCUGUGAUCAAUCUGGACCCAUUCACUCGGGUACAUCCCUAUGAGACCAAGGAGUUCAUCAUCAAUGACAUCCUCAAGCACUUCCAAGAGGAACUCCUCAGCCAGGCAGCUAGGAUCCUAGGAUCAGUCGACUUCCUCGGCAAUCCCAUGGGCCUUUUGAAUGAUGUUUCUGAAGGCGUGACUGGACUGAUAAAGCAUGGAAAUGUCGGGGGCCUUAUAAGAAAUGUCACCCAUGGAGUAUCUAAUUCUGCCGCCAAGUUUGCAGGGACGUUAUCAGAUGGCCUGGGGAAGACGAUGGACAAUCGGCACCAGUCAGAGCGAGAGUACAUCAGAUACCAUGCAGCCACCAGUGGGGAGCACCUCGUGGCUGGCAUCCAUGGCCUGGCUCAUGGUAUCAUUGGUGGAUUGACCAGUGUUAUAACCUCAACAGUGGAAGGUGUGAAAACAGAAGGAGGUGUUAGCGGCUUCAUAUCUGGCCUUGGCAAGGGACUUGUGGGCACUGUGACCAAGCCAGUGGCAGGUGCCCUGGAUUUUGCAUCUGAAACAGCCCAGGCGGUGAGAGACACAGCCACACUCAGUGGUCCCAGGACCCAAGCCCAGAGGGUUCGGAAACCACGCUGCUGUACUGGCCCCCAGGGGCUGCUUCCUCGCUAUUCUGAGAGCCAAGCAGAAGGACAGGAGCAGCUCUUCAAGCUAACAGACAACAUUCAAGAUGAGUUCUUCAUAGCAGUGGAGAACAUCGAUAGCUACUGCGUGCUCAUCUCCUCCAAGGCCGUGUACUUCCUAAAGAGCGGGGACUACAUAGACCGAGAGGCCAUUUUCCUUGAGGUCAAAUACGAUGACCUCUACCACUGCCUUGUCUCCAAAGACCACGGAAAGGUGUAUGUGCAGGUGACCAAGAAAGCUGCCAACUCCAGCAGUGGCGUGUCCAUCCCAGGCCCAUCCCACCAGAAGCCAAUGGUGCAUGUGAAAUCUGAGGUCCUUGCUGUCAAGUUAUCACAAGAAAUAAACUAUGCAAAGAGCCUCUACUAUGAACAGCAGCUUAUGUUAAGACUCAGCGAGAACCAAGAGCAAUUGGAGCUGGACUCCUGAGGACGCCGGCUGCUGGAGAGCAGUGCUCCAGACAAGCCCAGCCAGGAGGACCGAGGCCCAGGCUCGGCUCAUGUCACAAGCGGUGUUGGGAGAAGAUGUCAAGGAACAAGGGAAAAGAAAUUCUCACUGGGAAAAAUGUAAACAGAGACCAUAUUAGUUUGUGGGGCAGGGAGUUACUUUAGAUUAUGGGGAAAUAAUUUUUAAAAGUAUUGGUGGAAUAACGUUUAAAAAUGUAUUAAGAUGGAUCUAAUUUUUAGAACGCCCUGUAUUUUGUUAACAUGUAUAUAUGUACAACUAUGUGUUUGUAAAUAUAUCGAUGCUUCCAAGCAGGGCUGUGCUGUGUGUGAAGGUGUGUUACCUGUACAGUAAUGUAAAGUUGGACUGGAUCUUCUGUCGCACUAAUUCUACACAACUCCUGCAGGGUAGGCCCCAUGGGAAGAUGCUUAUGGAAGUUGAAAAAUGCAUUGUGGUCAGUGUUCCACGGUGAGUCUUCAGUCACCUAGGUGGGAGCAGUGACAGAGCCGCCAUGGAAAACACUAGAGAGCAGCAUGGCGCCCGUCUCUGUUCUCCCCCGUGUCACAGUGUUUAAAUCUCUCAGGCAAGUCUCUAAUUUCUAUCUGUUUGGCUUUCUCCCACCACUCCACCCAAGUGGGAAGUGAACCAGUCAUUGCUGAGUGUGUGCCCACACAUAGCAACCAUCCAGGUUUUCUCACACUGUUUGUGAUUAUGGAAAUGUGACGCAUCCAUGGGUUCUUGUGACAUAAAUGAGAAAAAACAAAAGCCAAAAAAACCUCCCACUUCCCACUGUGUUCUUAAUAAAAGCACAUGCUGAUGCCGCAGCACCAUGGCCCCCUGGGACCAGGAUGAGGAGGGAGAGUUACCA